AUGCGCAGUAUCCCUGGGACGUACUCUGUUAGAACUCUAGAGAAGACGCACCGCAAAAUCUACCAGCUUGUCAGCGUGAGGCAUGCCAAACAGUUGGGCCUUGAUGUGCACGGGUCACUAGAAAAGUUGACAGAGUUCAUGCCUAGCAUUUCCGCUAGAGGCGUAAGUCCAAGGGAGUUCUACGACUUCAAGCGGUAUCACGAGGCUCCCCUCGAGCCCCCAGGCCACGACAUGUCAAAACUACCAGGAAAGGCCAAUAUUGGAACCGAUCACUUCGCCGGCAUGGCAAGCCUCCGUGUACCAUACAUCUCAGGCUCUGGCGCGGAUUGGGGAUAUCUUUGCCGAGGAUGUCAAGUUACAUACAGGCAUUUCAGGAACGGAUCGUCCCCUAUUUGCAUCGACAACAAGAUUCUAUUCUCGUGA